CAUGUAGAAAUGAUCAUGGAUGAGAAUCAGCUUCACCCUCAGGCAGAGCAGCAGCAGCAGCAGCAGCAGCAGCAGCAGUGUUUAAAUGUCUGUAUAAAAACUCUCCUAGUGGUUUGUUUUUUUUUUUUUUUCAUGUUCUUCACCAUGGUGUCCAAACUGACGGCCCUGCAGCAGGAGAUGCUCAGCGCUCUGCUGGACUCUGGACUCAGCAGAGAAGUUCUGAUUCAGGCCCUGGACGACAUGGACCCCAACCUGGCCCCUCAGCAGCAGCCUCAGUUCGGGGUCAAACUGGAGGCUCUGUCCGUGUCUCCUUCUCCGUCCAGCGCCGCAAAGAUGAGCGCGCAGGAGACAGACUCCAAACCCGUGUUUCACACUCUCACCAACGGACACGGGAAAUCCAAACUGUCCGGAGACGAAGGUUCCGAGGACGGAGACGACUUCGACACUCCGCCGAUCCUGAAGGAGCUGCAGAGCCUGAACACCGAGGAGGCGCAGGAGCAGCGGGCGGAGGUGGACAGGAUGUUGGCUGAGGACCCGUGGCGAGCGGCCCGGAUGAUCAAAGGUUACAUGCAGCAGCACAACAUCCCUCAGAGGGAGGUGGUGGACAUCACGGGUCUGAACCAGUCCCAUCUGUCCCAGCACCUCAACAAGGGCACGCCCAUGAAGACCCAGAAGAGGGCGGCACUCUACACCUGGUACGUCCGCAAGCAGCGGGAAAUCCUCCGACAGUUCAAUGCAGCAGCUCAUGGUUCUACUGGACAUAUGGUGGACAAAGGGAACCAGGACCCUGUAUACUUUUACCCAGAAUACAACCCUACAGCUCAGAACAUGAGUCAGUCCGGUGACGACGUCGGGUCAGAACCUCUGUGUAAAAAACUCAGACGUAACCGUUUCAAGUGGGGCCCGGCGUCGCAGCAGAUCCUGUACCAGGCGUACGAACGGCAGAAAAACCCCAGCAAAGAGGAGCGUGAGAGUCUGGUGGAAGAGUGCAACAGAGCCGAGUGUCUGCAGAGAGGGGUUUCCCCGUCCAAAGCUCAGGGUCUGGGUUCUAACUUGGUCACCGAGGUCCGGGUCUACAACUGGUUCGCUAACCGCCGUAAAGAGGAAGCGUUCAGGCAGAAACUGGCCAUGGACGCCAUCUCUGGGCCAACGCACGCCAUCAACCCUAUGAUGUCACACAGUUCACCGCAUCAUCCUCAGAACAGCGCUUCACCACCCAUGCGUUACAGUCAGGCUGAGGUCACUUCCUCUUCGGCCAUCGGUCACCACGGCAGCAACGUGAUGGCCUCGUCCUCCUCCAGUAGCAGCAGUCAAACUGUUCUUCAGCAGGUUUCUCCUGGAGCGCUGGACCACGGCCACUCUCUACUCUCUCCUGACAGCAAAAUGAUUUCAGGAUCAGGUGGUGGACUUCCUCCAGUCAGCACUCUGACCAACAUCCACAGUUCUCACCACGGUCAUCAGCAGACCCAGAACCUCAUCAUGCCUCUUUCUGGAGUCAUGGCCAUCGCUCAGAGUGAGUUCUGCUCAUGUGGACCACAUGGCCAUCUAGUGGCCCACAUUGUGGACACACAAGUGUUGAACUCCUGCUGUUUUUUAUUUCCAGGUUUGAAUACGUCACAGUCACAGAGUGUUCCGGUCAUUAACAGCGUGGCAGGAAGUCUGGCGGCGCUGCAGCCGGUCCAGUUCUCACAGCAGCUCCACAGUCCACACCAACAGAGCCUGAUGCAGCAUUCGCCGGGUCACAUGAGCCAGCAACCUUUCAUGGCUGCAGUCACACACUCGCACAUGUAUCCUCACAAGCAGGAGCCUCCACAAUAUUCCCACCCGUCACGGUUCUCCUCGGCCAUGGUGGUGACGGACACCAACAGCAUCAGUACACUCAGCUCCAUGUCCUCCAGCAAGACGGACGCUGCUGUGAACAAGAUGGUGCAGCUCGGGGGUCUCUCCUGGUGUCCUCUUCAGGCCUGGUGAGAACGUCCUACUCUUCCUCGCUGCCGAGCAACCGCAGCAUCACUCGUCCUCUCACGGAUCGUCACCAUGACAACGCCUUAGUCACCUAGAGAUGACGCAUUGGACCAUGAGAGAGAUGACAAACAGAAGAGAGGGAUGAAGAUCAGCAGAGGGUCAGGACUGAGGCGAGAAUCAGCUGACUCUUCUGUCAGUCACAUGAUCAACAAGGACCAAUGAUUUUCUUUAAAAACAAACAAUCAAACUUUUUUUACUUUUUCAACCUAAACAAAAACAGACAAACACUUUUUUUAUAUGCUGAACAAAACGUAAAAAACUGAAGAAACACACACGUGUGUGUGUGUUUGUAUGUGUGUGAGAGAGAUAGAAAGAACGAGCAAAAAGAGAGAGAGAGAGAGAGAGAGAGACAAUCAAAUCCACAGGGUUUCAAAGGAGUCUUCCACUGCUUUAUUUCACACUCAGCUACUACUUUUAUACUCACUGUGAUUUAACAAACUGCUGACAAUCCUUUUCCUUCUACACACCACUCCACAAACACACAACUACUCCUGCUACUUCAUUAGGUUCACCUGCACGUACCUGAUCAGCCAAUCAGGAUCAGGAAUCAGAAAGUUUGUUUUGCUCCCUCUAGUGGUCAGAGGACAGCCUGACUCUUCUAGUACACGUGGAUGUGGCCCACUGUCUGCUGUCAUCUGGCCCAGACUAGUUCAUGUACUGUUUUAGGACUGUGGUUAAUCUCAAUAUGACCAGACUUGGUUUGGUUCUGUGGGCGUCUCAGGUUUUGUCUGAAAAUGUGGCCCAGGUUCCAACAUUUAAGCCCUCAGUGAUUCUGCCCUGGAAUAUCUGUCCAGUGUUGGGCCGUGGUCUGGGCUACUGUGUCAGGCAGAAGAUGGACCUGCAGAAACAGAGUUCAUGGAGCCCACGUGGAGAAAAGAGAAGAACAUGAAAACAGGGGAAUCUGUCAAUGUCAGGAGAAGAAAAAA